GGGGUAUUGCCUUUUACCUAUGCAGGAACGACGGGGAGCUCCAUUCGGCGGUAAGGAUCAAGGCAUUGCAAUAGAGGGGCAUGGCGGGGCAGUGAUGGCUCUCAGCACAACUCUGCUGCGAACAUAUAGAGUCUCAGUCUCCACUUUGGCGACGUCGUGAAUGCUUACUACCCUACCUGACUUCCAGCUUCAACUGCAACCGAGUCAGCAGCAAGCCGACAGGAGGCAUCACGGUUUCUCGCAGUGUCAACAGCAUCCAUUCAGACCCGCAGGCGUCCCCAAGAACUACCAAGGGCUUCGCGAGCACAAAUCUCUUACCACGCUAGAUCAUGGCUUCACAAGCUCUCCGCGACAAACAAGCUCCGCUGAAAGCGUCGUAUAAAGAGGAUGCCUCUGCUGCAUUGAUCACGUUGAACGCGAGCGGCUCACUGGACUCGAGCGGCGUCACCUGCAAGCUUGACACCGGGAAGCAAGUAGCUCAAGCCCAGCAAAGGAUUGCUGGCCUGCACCCCAAGUCAGGAGGUGAUGGCUUCGAGAUAUCAGGAGAGCUUUGCAGUGGUGAUCUGCUUCUCGAAGCUCUGGUAGCAUGUGCGGGUGUGACACUCAAGGCCGUGGCUACUGCGCUCGAUAUACCCAUCAAGAGCGGAACCGUGCGGGCAGAGGGCGAUCUUGACUUCCGUGGCACAAUGGGAGUCGAUAGGGAAGCUCCGGUGGGGUUCAAGGACAUCAGACUCUCAUUCGAUCUGAAGUUCGAACAGGGCGAACAGAUCCCAGAGGACAAAGUCGAGAAAUUGGGAAAGUUGACGGAACGAUACUGUGUGGUACUGCAAACCAUUGCGAAGAAACCGCAGCUGAGUGUACAGCUACACGGCAGUCAGUUGGACUCGGAAGAUGGUAUUGAGAGGAGUACGAUCUGGGGUGCCAAGGGCUGAGAAGAUGAAACCUUUAUUGCUUGAGACUAGUUGCUCGAGAGUGUAUAUCGAAAGGUUGGCUUCCACGCUUCGUGUUCCCCAAACUCUGUUGUUCGGUAGACGCGAGCGAGCUGAGACACUUGGGAGGAUAACACGUCCAUUAUUCGAACCCAGCUGGACGUGGUUGCGAUGGACACUGAUGAUGUGAUGCCUUGGGAUGAACGGUCGUGUUGGUAGUAUUAUUGCAGAGCCUCUGGCCGUCUGGCGUAGGUAGGUACAUUAAGGUGGUAGGUAUUGGUCUCAUCAAGUUCGAGGGGCUCGCGUCCUGGAUAGGUUGUCGCACAAGGAUGCCUGUGAGCUUGUCUGUGUCGUACAUUACUCUAGCAUGGGUGUUUCGAUCGGUCAAAGCAAACAGGAUAUUUGUGUGGCGGGCUAUCACCGGUAGGCGUGCAGUUCAUAUAAGCGCAGCAACAUAGAGAUGAAAUUGAAGCGCCCGACCGCGAAUCGAGGGCCUUUGCAUCUUGUCGACGCGGCUCGUAACCCUCGGCUCGUGACUGCUUGCUGGUCGUACAAAGCAGUGAUACCAUGCGUCUACGCUAAAGUCGGACAAUGGCCACGCAAGAAAAAAUGGCUCGCGAGACACGUCUGGAGCGAUGUGACCUCGACCUGCGAUUAGUAAUUCAGGGCUAAAGGGACGUGCCUUAAGUCUUGUGUCUCGGCGCGAGGGCGCCCACGGUCCGUAGUUGGAGCGUUGGAUGCUGGCACUCCGCUCACUACGUGACUACGAUGACUGGUCACCAUGGGGGGAGAAGUUCUGACGUGCAGCGCGCGUAGUCUCGACGGCUUCGUCGGGCCUCUGGCGAUAUUCG